CAUAUCAGAAAGCAUAUCAAAUCAGGAGGCAGAUAGGAAGUCCCUUCAGUUCUUUAUUGUCCACAAUCUGACAAGGCUUUAGGUUAGCCACCAGAAAUUUGUCAUGACGAUUAAUGACAGUUACGGGGAGAAUGGAAAUUCAAGUCAUAUGAACACUUUCAGUCUUUCAGACAAGAUUGGGUUUGCCUCAGCUGCUACCACAACCUUUCAGAUAAGUGAGCAUCAAAGGCGAAGAAAGCCAUCCACAUGCUGUGCUCGGGCAGCCCUCAGCGCCUACCUGCUGCUGCUGACGGCCGGCCAGGGGCUUUUGUCGUACCAAGUGUUUAAGAUGCAGAGAGAGAUACUGAAAUUUCAAGAACAAAAUACCUCCUAUACAGAAAAGAUUCUGGAAAGCUCCUUUGCCAACAAACUGCUUUUGGAGAGAAACUCUGCAGAGAAGCACAUGGGACAUGAAGAAAACUGGAGGAGAAGCUUAGAAGAGGAAAUCACCAUAAUUAAAAGCAGCAAUGAAAACCUGAUGAUGAUGAUGAACAACAUCACCCUGGUUGCAGGGCCUCCUGGACGCGUAGGAGAUCCUGGUCCACCAGGGCUACAGGGACUACCAGGGACAAAGGGAGACCAAGGAAUCCAAGGUAUCCAUGGACUGCUGGAUGAGAAGGGGAGCAGAGUACAUCCUGGUCCUGCUGGCCCAAGUGGUGAACCAGGAGUGAGAGGAGAGAAAGGAGAGGUGGGGCUUGCAGGUCCCCAAGGACAGAAGGGUGAAGCAGGCAGUAAGGGAUACCCUGGGCCCCGUGGAUUCACGGGUCCUCAGGGACAGCAGGGGGUCCCAGGACUGCCGGGUGUCGAUGGGAACGCGGGGGAGCCUGGACGUCCUGGGCAGAAAGGAGAGGCAGGUGCAACUGGACAACCUGGACCUGUGGGAAUGCCUGGCCCCGGAGGCGCAUCUGGUCAGAAAGGGGAGAAGGGGGACCCCGGGCCCAGGGGUAGUCCAGGAACAUCAGGCACUGCAGGACCCAGAGGUGAAAAGGGGGAGAAAGGAUUACCAGGUUUUCCAGGGCCAGCUGGAGAAAAGGGAGACCAGGGCCUGCCAGGUACCCCAGGCACACCUGGUUACAAAGGAAGCAAGGGUGAUUAUGGCAUUCAGGGUCCAAAAGGAGAACCAGGAGUAAAAGGAGCCAAGGGAGAGCGUGGAUCCUCUGGUUCCUCAGGAGCAAAAGGGAGCAAAGGUGAAAAGGGAGAAGGCAACUUCAAUCAUCUUAUACGAAUUGCGGAAGGGGGCAGAAGGGGCCGUGUGGAAAUCUUUCACCAAGGGUCCUGGGGAACUAUAUGUGAUGAUGGCUGGAGCACCCUAGAUGCCACUGUGGUCUGCCGAAUGUUGGGAUACAGCCGUGCAGUCUCUGCCUUCACAGCCACAGCAGGCACUGGACCAAUUUGGCUUGAUGAUGUGAAUUGCAGUGGGAAUGAACGUUCAAUUUUCGACUGCUCAAAGCCUGACUGGGGUGUGAACAACUGCUCCCACCAGGAGGACGCUGGGGUGGAUUGUGCUUAAUGGGACACAGGAGCUGCCCUGGGAGCCGCUGCCUGCCUCUGCUUUCUGUGGGGCUUUUCUACGUAAUACAAACCCAAUUUUGUCAGGCUGUGCUUAUAGUCUCUUUACCUGGUCAUAAAUAUAUUGACAAAGAAAGUUGAAUUUUCCAUAAAUUGAUAAUGGUUGCAAGACUCACAGGUAACUUGAAACAUCCCAGCUAUCAUGAAACAAUCGGAGCUCAAGCCUGUGAGCCAGUUCACAGCUUUUCCAGUUACCUGACAUCAGCUCAUCUGCAGUAACUCACACGUGUGUGACGUCUAAGUCCACAGGGGAGGAGAGAUGAUCCACUUUAGCUUAGUGCAGUAAGAGAGAACAGGAUCAGCAUACAGAAACAGGCAGGUACUGCAGCUGAGCUGGCUAGUCCAUCUUCAUCACGUUACAGUUGUGAAUCUGAGCCUAAAACCCUCAGUGAAGGGCAUAUACCCAAGACAGCAGGUGCUCAGAAAUCAUCGGAUGAUCUCUCUGGCAUGCAGAUAUAAAUGUUCUCCAGAAAUGAUGCUGAUCACAGCUUAAAGCACAAAAGUAAGUGCCUGGGAUCUAGGUACUGCACUAUCCUGGUUUAGCACAGACCUUGUUUUUGACCUUGGCCAAGUCCCCUGCCUUCUCUGUCAGUGUUUCCUAACCUGUCCCCAGGAGCAAUACCACUUAUCUUAUCUGGAGUAUAAAGCUAAGCAUUUCAUACCUUUAGAAAUUAGGUGCUCCAAUGAAGCAAAGGGGUGACAAAUAAAAGCAAUAAGGGGAAAGUAUCACCUAAUUAUGCUUCCAGAGUGAAAAUACUGACCCUAAACCAAAGGCUUCUAACUGAAAGUCUUGUAUGUGUCUGAGAUGAUACCUGAAAGACUUCUCUUUCUUAAGACCUAAGUCUUCCCCUUUUCCAUCAGCGUGGGCCACUGGGCAGGUGACAAGCAGCUUGUGUACAUGUAGCUGGGCACAUCGCAACAACUUGCUUGUAGAUAUUUGAUUUCAAAUGUCAGAAAGAACAUGUAAGCGACCCUACAUCUCUGCCUUAAUGUUCAUCAUAAUUGCACGUGUCUACACAACUUUGAAACCUGCUUUUAGUGCUUAGAAAUCCAGAUAUACAUAGAAAAACUGAGCAGUGCUGGUAAGAGCAGCAGGUGAUGGGGCAUCUAGGGCCAAUGUGGGUGAGAAGACCCAGCACUGCACAGGGUGCAACAGUGCAGUCUGCAUCAAAGAUCACCACUGUCUUGAACCAGAGGAGAGGUUUGUUAUGGGAUGUCAGGCCUCAGGGAAGAAGUCUGGAAAAUCCCAAGAGUUUUCCACUACUGACUCUUGAUGCCUUUGACAGCAGGAAAAUGUGAGACGCUUAUCGUUCCUGGCUCAGGUUUAGAGGUGGCAAGGAGCACCUGCCAUGAACCAUGGGUGAAACCCGGUGAAUGACAGUUCUUUCAGAGUUAAGUGGACAGUGGCUCGUGUGCACAAGAAGAGACAAAAGCUUUCUGCUCUGGUAGGGAGCCCCACCAGCACUAGCAGCAUGCUGAGUACCAGCACUUGGGCUAGCACAGCUUUCUGCCAGGCUCCCGCGGACAGUGCUGAGCCUGCACAGGUUUCCUUCACCUUUUUUUGUGUGGCAGCAUGUAAAUAAAGCAUUUCCAGUGUUCAUAAAUAAAGGAUUUACAAGCUGUA